AGUGGAGAGGUAGAGUGUUGGCAGUGAAGGGAGAGGGGCGGGCUUAGGAAAAGAGAUCAGUCACUUCAGUCCUGUGGAGCACACAACUUUUUUCCUCACUGUCUGUAUGUGAUUUAAAAAAGGAUAUAACCAACUUCACAAAUCUUUCAAAAAAGAACAAACACAAGAGCAACAAAAAUGGACGAUUUCUAUUAUCAUGAUGACGAGGACUCCAGCUUAAAUGACAGUUAUGAUUACUAUUAUGAACACAGCGUUUGUGACAAGCAGGAAGUUCGCUCUUUUGCCGGAGUCUUCCUCCCGGUCAUCUAUGCCCUGGUUCUGGUGGUGGGCCUGGCUGGGAAUGCCCUAGUGGUGGUGGUCUACACAUCAAAGCUGCGAUUACGCACCCUGACAGACGUGUGCAUCCUUAAUCUUGCCAUUUCGGACCUGCUGCUUCUCUUCACCCUGCCUUUCUGGGCGGCUGAUGCCGUCCACGGCUGGAAGUUGGGUUCAAGCGCCUGCAAGCUCACCUCUUUCCUCUACAGUACCAACUUCAGCUGCGGCAUGCUGCUGCUGGCAUGUAUCAGCGUGGAUCGUUACCGCGCUGUGGCCCACAAUACAACAGGCAGGACUGGGACAGGUGGCCGGAUAUGGAGACAGUGGCUCCUGGUGUGUGUGGUGUUGUGGGCUGUAGCUGGCUUUCUUGGCUUGCCCGAACUCGUUUUCUCCACAGUGAAGCACACCCAUCACAGGAUGGUCUGUACAGCCAUAUAUCCGCCCAGCAUGGCCCGACCUGCAAAGGCUGCCCUGGAGCUGCUGGAGGUGACUCUCAGAUUUGUGCUUCCUUUCUUGGUCAUGGUGGCGUGCUACUGCUGGGUAGGGCGUGCGCUGAGCCAGGCAGCAGGGGUGCGGAGGGACCGGAAGUGGCGUGCCCUGCGUGUCCUGCUGGCUGUCGUGGCUGUAUUCCUGCUAACCCAGCUGCCCUACAACGUGGUCAAGCUGAUCCGAGCGAUGGACAUCAUCUACAUACUUGUGACUGACUGUGAAGUCAGCAAGGACCUGGAUCGAGCUAUCCAAGUGACAGAGAGCCUGGCGCUGGCCCACGCGUGCAUUAACCCGCUCCUCUAUGCCUUCAUCGGAUCAUCUUUCAGGGGACACGUCCUCAAGGCUGUCAAGCGUCUUGGACAGCGUCUUGGGAGACACACGGAACACAUCAAUGAGGAGCCGGCAGUGGAGAUUGCACUCAACGCGCGUAAUCAGUCUCAAUCCCAGUCUGGUUCAGAAUGCCAAGACACCAGCACCUUUACUAUUUAAAACUCAAAACAUAUUUUUCCUGUAAGCAUCUAUACAAAAUCAUAUGCCUACCAGUAUGUAGGCCUAUAUAUACUUACAUGUUGUUACCAUCAGACAAGAUAGACAUCAAUAACAACAGAUUUCACUUCAUAUUGUAAUAAAUAUUUAUGUACAGUGAGUUUAUAUGCACUAACCAAGCAAAGUAUUUUCUAUCAAUUAUGUAUUUUGUUAGAUAAAGAUUUUCAGUGACAAGCAUCUACAAACGUAUGUUGCAAUUAAAAGCCGCUGAAACUCAAGAUGCUGCGAGUACUUCUCUUGAUUUCCAACGAUAAAUCCAAAUCAACCUUACAGUCUGCACUGCCUUCCAUGAGAUCAUCUGUAUCUCAUUUUACUACAUCCCAAGGCUUUGGGGUUGGGAUGAGGGGUGGCUUGAUUGCACAGCGGGUGACCCAUUGAGUCGAAAAACAUUUGGCAAACAAAAAGAACAGCAAACAGCAGGAAGGACCUCUCAGACUGGAAAAAAGGCAACGUGUUCCUUGGAGAAGGUUUAGGCCUGACUGACGUUUUUAUACACGCAUCUUUAUUUUAUUUCCAUAAUAUGAGCUUGAAAGAGAGAUGCUUUGCAGUGGGGUGUAAGCCAUCAUUCUGCGUAAUGACUUAUAAUUUUAGUGGUAUAUAAAUGCUCUCUGCAGACUGCUAAAAAUGGUCACUUUAACCUUUUUCCCUUUGAAAUAUCUGAAUGCCAUCACAUAACAUUAUGCUCAAGCUAACCCUAAUGCAUUCACUGCAUAGGCUGAGAGCAUGGGAUGGCCUAAGUCCAAGAGUCACAGUGUUUUACUCAAGCCUGUUUACAAUACUGCAGCUGUGGCAGGUCAUCUUAAAUUGGUCAAACCUCCUGACCAGAUCCACCACAGAUAUUUCAUUAAGAUCUGCAGAGUUGAAAAAAUGUCACUGUUUACAAUUCUUUCCAUCUGCUGUACCUGUUAGUCAUCUGCUUUCCACUGUAAUGACUUUGGACUUGGAUGUGUGACAGCAGACUCUAAGGAACUAGGUGUGUUUUCUUGGAGACUCUUGUAACUGUAGCCAAAGCCUUUGUCUGCCUAUUAUAGGAAAGACUGGGUCCCCAGGAAAAACAAGUAUUAAGUUGCAUGUCACAAGAUAACAUAGUUAAAAAAGGAAUAAAGCUGCCACUAAGA